CGGUCAUAUUUUAUGACGCCUGCUCGCGGCUGACAGGCUACGUGGAUGAGGCGGGGACCUCCCCUUCUAAAGGGUGCAGACGAUUCCAACCAGAGCAUCAACGAACAACAGUGCUCCUUUCACAGACGGCAGUUGAACGCGGACAAAGUAGAAACGAUUAUCGAAUUGAUCAAAAGUUAAAUCGACUACCAUAAUUUAGAGUUUUACUGGGACAUGCGCUACGACCGCACAUCAAUUUGAUAACGAUUACUAUUUCAUUCUUUUUUUUUCAAAUCUAAGAUCAACAGUUAAAAAUGUCCGUACCACAGGAUAGUACCGUAUACAUGUUUCCAGACAAGAAGAAAAUUAAGAAGCCGACAAAAUGUGAAAGAUUUUUGGACUGUUUACGGUUUCGGUGUGGACGAACACAGGAUGUGGAAGGGAAGAGAAAAGCUUUGAUAGAAAAAGAAGGUGGCUACAGAAUUAACUAUACAGGACUCAGUGAACAUAAGCGUAAAUAUUUCGCAGAUAUGUAUAUAACUCUUAUAGACAUACCAUGGCGUUACGCAUUAGCUAUUCUUUUUAAUGUUUUCUUAGUAACUUAUUUAAUUUUCGGUGUAUUGUGGUGGCUUAUGGCUCACAAUAAUGGAGAUUUUGACAAUUUAGACAAUCCUAAACACGUGCCAUGUCUUCUCGGUGUUAAAUCCUUUGCCGGAUCUCUUUUGUUUUCCAUAGAAACACAGACGACGAUUGGCUAUGGUUACGCUUAUCCGAACGCACAUUGUGCAGGGACACUUCCACUAAUUUAUUUACAAGUUACCAUUGGAUUCUUUCUCGAAUCAUUUUUGCUAGGUUUCAUCUUUGUCAAAAUUGCACGACCGAAGAACCGCGCCAAAACCUUAAUGCUCAGUAAGAAUGCCGUUGUUUGCCAGGAAGAUGGUGGACUUUGCCUCCAGGUUCGAGUUGGUGACAUGCGUAAAUCGCAUCUUAUCGAAGCUUCAGUUCAAGGCAUGCUUGUUCGUAAACACGUUACUGAAGAAGGCGUGACGUAUCCACUGUACCAGACGGCUGUUGAUUUCGAGGCUAAUGGCAUGAGGGACCGAGUUUUCCUUCUCUGGCCAAUGACGCUGUCUCACAGAAUCACCCCUGAAAGUCCCUUCUGGAACAUCCGACCUUCUGAUCUGUGUUCUGAGAAAUACGAAUUGAUCAUUUUCCUUGUUGGAACCGUUGAAGCUACAGGUGAAGUCUGUGAAGCCAGAACAUCGUAUACGCCCCGGGAGAUUCUUUGGGGUCACCGUUUUGAACGAAUUGAAGAGUACGACUUGGGCAAUGGUCGAUGGCACGUGGACUUCUCUGGUUUCAAUGACGUUGUAUACUGCCAGAAUAUACGCCACAGUGCUGAAGAACUGGACCAUUUUAAAGAAUCCAACACAGAAGGUGUUUACGAUAAAGCCGUGGAAAAAAAUGAACGAGAAGUAGGGGGCGCUAUAAGAUAUGAUCUAAAUGGUGAUGCAGCUAAUGGUGGUGCUAAAGGCGGACGAAUUUUAGAGAAUAAGAUGGCUGAUACUACCAUGUAAUAAUCGGUUAUCUACAUAAUAUGGUGAUUAAAAGGUGAAUUGAGAUAAUGGUGUUUUUGUUUGGAGGAGCGUUGGGCGAUUGGGAAGAACCUAUUUUGAAAAGGAACCUCGGCCCUACAAAUACUAUGGAUUUAGUAGCGAAAGGAUGUUUAUGAUCUAAGAAAAGCUGAAAUGUAUUCCCGUUAAAUUUUAGAUUU